UAUUACAUUGAAUUGUAUUAUUAAUGAAUUAAUUAUAAUUCUUUUAUAAUAUUAUAAAUUAAUUCAUAUUUAUUUAAUUGAUUAAUAUGCAAAUAACGUGUAUAGCUGUGUAUUUAGAAUUGUUUAAAAAUACUUACUUGUUAUUUUUAAUGAUAAUUUUCUUUAUUAACAUAUUUUAGUUUUAAAAAAAAUUAUUAAAUUUUAAACUUAUCUGUAUGCGUAUAUAUAAGAUUUGAAAUAUUUUCUUUGUAUUUGUCUAACAGUAUGUAGUUUUUUAUGUUACGAAAUUUAAAAAUUGGCGCCAUUUCGUAACCACGCAACAUUGUGAUACACAUCGUGCGUAUUAUAUAUAUAUAUAUAUAUUUGUUUUUGUGUUUGUAGCAUUGAGGUAUUGACGAACAACGUUCUUUACUUGAAGUAUUUUAUUAACUUUAUCGAUUAAAACUUUUCCAGGUUUUAUUCAAAUACGUCAUAAUGUGGCAAGAUAAAGAAAUAAGAUUCGAUGUAUUUUACAAUCAGAUGCAAUUAAGAGUUGGUGAAAUUAUGGUAGACAAACUCGAUAUGAUAGAAGAUACGAAAGGAAAUUCUGGCGACAAUGGAAGAUUAAUUGUAACGAAUUUACGAAUAUUAUGGCAUUCCUUAUCUUUACCAAGAAUUAAUUUAAUUCUUGUCAUUUUCACAGCUAUCGGUUUCAAUACUUUUGUUACAAUAAAUUCAAAAACUGUAAGCACAGUUAAAGGUGGACAAACACAAGCUUUACACAUUUUAACAUCUUUUCGGAAUAGUCAAUAUGAAUUUAUAUUCACAAAUUUAAAUUCAAUAAGUACUAGACAUUAUACCUCAGUUAUUGGUGUAUAUAGAGCUUAUACGUCAUCAAAAAUUUAUCGAGAAAUCAAAUUAAGAAGUGGUAUUGUCAAUGAAAAUAGAUUGACUCUGUUGCCACAUGAAAAAGUCCAUACAAGUUUGCCGGAUGUUUGGAAUUUAUCUGUUGAACAGGGAAAUAUCGGAACUUUCAUAGUUACAAAUAUUCGACUCGUAUGGUUUGCAGAUAUGAAUAAUCAAUUUAAUGUAUCAAUGCCAUAUCUAUCGAUUGCUAGUGUUACAAUUAGAAAUUCUAAAUUUGGAGCAACAUUAGUGGUAUUAAGCGACAAGGAUAAUAAUGAAUAUAUUUUAGGAUUUCGUAUAAAUCCAAUAGAAAAACUUAAUACUCUUCACAAAGAAAUUAAUAUAUUAGUAGCAGCGUAUAAGAAGUCACCGAUUUUCGGCGUAGAUUAUACUUUUGAAUAUCAGGGACCGAUGGAAGAAGAGAUUCAUCCAGAACGUUUCAACGAAAUACAAGAUAAUCAGGGUGAUAUUUCUGAUGUUAUUGGUUAUUAUUUUUUCGAAGGAGGUUCGACACAAAGGAAACCUAAUUUUUCAAAUUAUUUGGGAUUGGCCAUAGAAGAUCCUAGAGAAGGAAGUACUUUACAAAAUUUAUGGGAGCUUGUACCCUCGACGUAAUUGAUUACUCUAAGUGUUUGUGAUAAGAGAAUAUUUUCUUAUAUAAAUUAUAUAUGACGUAUA